AUGGCGUUAAAUUUAAUGAACAGUAGUGAUCAUGAUUGUGGUGAUCAUUUUACUGACAAUUCGCCAAUAGUUAAAUUAAGAUUUUCACUAUCUGUAACUAUAUUAAUAUAUAUUAUUUAUUUACUCCCAUUUUGUUUUGGUGUAUUUGGAAAUAUAAGCGUAUGUCUUAUAUUUUUUCAACAAAAAAAAUUACGAUCAAUUACAAAUACAUUUUUAAUGAAUCUUUGUUUAAAUGAUUUAAUUGUUCUAUGUGUAUCUAUUCCAAUGACAAUAUCUGCUGCAUUACUUGAACAUUGGGUAUUUGGAGCAUUUCUUUGUAAAUUUGUUCAUUUUACUCCAACAUUAACAGCACUUGUAUCAACAUUUACUGUUGCUAUUAUCGCUGUUGAACGUUGGUUUUUUAUUGUUAUUAAAAAAAAAUUCGACCGACGUUGUACUAUUAUAAUACUUAUUCUACUUUGGAUGGUCUCAAUAUUAAUAGCUAUACCAGAAUUUAUUGCUCGAGAAGUCCAGGUAAUCCCUGAACCACCUCCCAUGCCAUCAUUUCCCAUUUCACAAAUUAAUUCGUCAACAAAUGAAUCAACUCACAAUCAUAUAGCAGCUUUAGCAAUGCUGCAUAUGGAUAAAUGUAAUAGGAGACAAGUUCAUUAUUGUCUUUCCGAUCCUAAUGUAUGGAUGCGUACAUUUUCAUAUAUCGUUAUAAUUGUACAAUAUUUAGUACCAUUUUUAUUUGUAUCUGUGAGUUGUUAUUCAAUAAGUCGUUUUCUUAAACGACGUAUGAAACAAAUGCGUGUAUAUCAAACAUAUCGUCCAACAAAUGUUAAUAAUAAUAAUAAUAAUAAUAAUAAUAAAAAAAACAAUAAACGACAAAAAAAAGACUCUAAACUACAACCACUCGAUGAAAUAACUGAACAUGAAUCUGCAAGUUGCGAUGAAGUAUCUGUAACAAUAGUUCCAAAUGAAACGAAAGCAAAUCAUAUAUUAACACGUUUUCGUAAUACAUUUCAUCAACAUGAACAUUAUCAAGAUACAAUUGUUUUAGAUAGACAAGAUCAUCGUUCAUCAUCUUCUUCUUUUGUUGGAACAUAUAUAGUGCCAACACCUCGAAGUCAAUCACAUAGUGAACGACGUUUUCAUCGUAGUAAAAAAUUAUUAAUAUGUGUUGCUGCUCUUUUUACUAUUUCAUGGUUACCAUUAACUGUUCUACAAAUUUAUUUAGAACACAAUGAAGCAAUUCUACUCAAUGAUUCAGAUUUUGUUUAUGGAUAUUUAUUAAUACCUUCAUAUUUAAUAUCAUCAUUAUCAGCUUGGAUGAAUCCUGUUAUUUAUAAUUAUAUUAAUCGUAGUUUUCGACGAGAAUUUUAUGCACUUUACCCAUGCUGUUAUAGAUUAACAUCAUCGUCAUCCUCCUCCUCAUCAACAAAAACAACAACAACUGCUUCAAGAGCAGAAUUAACAUCAGUUAUACCCAAUAGAUUAGACAGGCAACAAUUGAACGAUAUAGAUGAAGAAGAUGCAAGUGUUGUAUUACCUCGUACAACGAAUAAAUCAACAACACGUUUUGUAACUUUUGCUGAUAUAGAAAAAAAAGGAAAACCAUCACUAACAAUGAUUAAUGAACAUAUAUGA